AUGCAAUAAUUGAAGAAUAAUUACAUUGAUUAUCUAAGAGAGGGAAUUCAGAUGAAUAAAGUGGAAAUGGAAGAUUACGGUGGUAUGUUUGGAAUCAAAGCUGUUGAAAAUAUUGAAUCAGGAGAAUUCCUCAUAAAGGUUUCCCAUACUUUUGCAAUCAGCGCAUUCACAGUAUUCUAAAAUGAAUAAUGUGUAGAUAUUAUGAAGAGGAAUCCUCAUAUCUAUCCAUCAUUGCAAUAAAUUGGUAACAAAAAAAGUGAUUUCCAAACCUUAAUCCUUUAUCUGACAACAUAAAGACAUGGAAAACUAAAACCAAUAUUUGAUGUUUCAGCAAAUCCCAUUUGUUUACUCGACUGUGAUCAACCAAUUCCAUUUGAUUAUUUAAGAGAAUUGAAACAAGAAUUUGAGGAGGAGUAUUAGGCAGCAAAGGCAGAGGUAAUGGAAAUAGGAUUAAAUGCUGAUGAUUAUGAUUGGGCAUAUCGAUAUUGCAUGAAUAGGAGACUAAGUGUUAAUAACGAAUACCCUUUUUCAUUUUUGGUGCCAAUGAUAGAUAUGAUAAAUCAUGGAAAGAAUAAAGCAAUCUUUGGUUUGGAACAAGAAAACUAUAAGCCUGAAGAAUACCAUUAGAAUAAUUAUAUGAAAUUCAAAUACAUUUCCCAAAAUAAGUAUUGGUUUAGUUAGGAAGAUUAAGAAGUAAUAGAGAGUGUAAAAGUAAAUGAGAGUGAGAGAUGCUCCAAAAUAUUGAAUAAAUUAUUAGUAAAAUUGUUUUAGGAAUUACUUAGAACAGGAGCACCAGAUAUUUGGGUUACAAAAUUGAUGAUAGCAGAGGAUUCAGAGGAUGAGGAUGAACCUACUACUGAACAAAGCAACAGUCAAUCACAGUAAUUAAAUACCAAAGAAUCGAAAGUCUAAGCUGCAGUAAAUGAUGAUUAUCUAAGAGAUUAUUAUGAAUAAUCUUUGGAUGAAAGUGAACAUGAUUGGUACACAGAUAUACAGUAAUCAACACUCAAAUGUCCAGCUUAUCUUACAGCAAGAGCAGUGGAUGAUAUUGAAAAAGGAGAGUAAGUCUUAAAUUUGUAUGGAUGUUUGGGCAAUGAGCAUCUAUUGAUGUACUAUGGAUUUGCAAUGAGCAAGAAUAAGUAUGACAGAGUGAAAUUCAGAAUCUUUAUGGAUUGCAAUACGAAGUACGAUUUCCUGACAAACCGUUGAAAAAUUAGUUUAAUUGCAUUACGUACCAUAUAAAGAACUUCUAAAUUUAAACACAAGAGGAAUCAGUCUCAAUUAAUUAACCUCUGAAUUUAAAAUAAAGAAAAGCCAAUUCAAUUUAGAUUUAGUUAAAUUCCUUAGGACCUACGUUAAAUUAUUAGAUGGAGAUGAAUUAAUUAACGAAGAAACGAUCUUAGUUCUAUAUAGAAGAAUUAUUAAUUCUUUAUACAAAAAGAUUUCAGUUCCAAUCAUUCCUAAAGACUCAAAUUGGGGAGAGCAACUUUUUAAUUAUUAACAGUCCAAAGCCAGAAUAUUAAAGGCCCAUUUAGAAAU